UCACCAAAAUGACGUCGACCAACUAGGUCGCGCUUGGCAACGCAGGGGCCAUACUGUCUUUCGAAAAAUAGCAACAGUGUUUGUGAAAUUCCAUUCAGUCGGCCCAGGCAACUUACAAGAUUGCUUAGACGGGCUAUUGUUUUUGUAUAAUAAUAACUAUUUAUCGAUAAUGUAGCCGAAAGGAAGUGAAUUUUGUCCUAGAACGGGCUAUACAAGACAUUUGUUUUCAUGGAAGUAUGUCCACACGGGUGAAGCCUCUGUCUGUGCAACGGACUUUCUCAUUGUUGACAUCGGGAGAUAUGUAUACUCAUAAUACCAUCGAUACCACCCAUCACCUCCCUCCUCUUGCAAGCCAGACAGUUGGUGGCGCCCAUAAUGCACACGGGAGUAGCCAGAGCGUCAAAGUCCAGCAGUUAUUCGAAGAUCACAAACAUCACGACAAAAGGGAAGUUAUUCAAAAUGGCGACCAAGACCAGCAAAGAACCAACUCAAAUCAAGCUAUCAACACCACUGGGGUUAGACCGAGUUCAAGUAACGGUUCUUUGGCCAGUAAAAGUGGGUCGGCAGCACGGAGAAGUAAUACCAUGAGCCCGGAAGUUGCUAUGAAACAGUACAUGCACAAACUCAGUUCAUUUGAGCAUCAUGAAAUAUUUAAUUAUCCACAAAUUUAUUUUGUGGGUCAAAAUGCUAAAAAACGACAAGGGGUAAUAGGAGGUGCCAGCAAUAAUGGUUAUGAUGACGAAAAUGGUUCCUAUGUUCACAUUCCUCAUGAUCAUAUCAGUUAUCGAUACGAAGUUUUAAAAGUUAUUGGUAAAGGCAGCUUUGGUCAGGUUGUGAAAGCCUAUGACCACAAAGUUGGUACACACAUCGCUUUAAAAAUGGUUCGCAACGAGAAACGCUUUCAUCGACAAGCACAAGAAGAAAUCCGAAUAUUAGAACAUCUGAAGAAACAGGAUAAAGAAAAUAACAUGAAUAUCGUGCACAUGCUAGAACAUUUCACUUUUAGAAACCAUAUAUGCAUAACUUUUGAACUUUUAAGCAUGAAUUUAUAUGAACUGAUCAAGAAGAACAAAUUUCAAGGUUUUAGUUUACAAUUAGUUCGUAAAUUUGCGCACUCAAUAUUACAGUGUUUAGAUGCCUUGUAUAAAAAUCGUAUUAUUCACUGUGAUCUCAAACCUGAGAAUAUCCUGUUAAAACAGCAGGGAAGAAGUGGCAUUAAAGUGAUCGAUUUCGGUUCUAGUUGUUAUGAGCAUCAGAGAAUAUACACGUACAUCCAGUCGCGAUUUUAUAGAGCACCGGAAGUUAUAUUAGGAGCUAAAUACGGAAUGCCGAUAGAUAUGUGGAGUUUAGGUUGUAUUUUAGCGGAGUUGUUGACUGGCUAUCCGUUAUUCCCCGGAGAAGAUGAAGGUGAUCAGUUGGCGUGUAUUAUAGAAUUACAGGGCAUGCCCCCUCAAAAGCUCUUGGAUCAAUCAAAAAGGGCACGUAAUUUUAUUAGCUCUAAGGGCUAUCCACGGUAUUGUUCUGUGACCACUUUACCAGAUGGCAGUGUAGUAUUAAAUGGUGGACGAUCACGAAGAGGAAAACCUAGAGGAAGUCCCGGAAGUAAAGAAUUAGUCACAGCUUUAAAGGGUUGCGAUGAUCCAAUGUUUUUAGAUUUCAUGCGUCGAUCUUUAGAUUGGGAUCCAUCUGUGCGUAUGAAUCCAAGUCAAGCUUUACGACAUCCCUGGCUGAGAAGACGUCUACCUCGAGCUCCACAAAAUGAGAGCCGGGCUGACUCCGGGGCGAGGCGCAACUCCUCGGGAACUCGAGGCUCGGCCAUGCCAAAACUCUCAAAUGGUACAAUAACUUCUAGUGCAAAAUCUCGACAACUUGCGAUGCAAGAUGAUAUUCAUUCCCAAAUGAACACACGGACCAAAUUACCACAAAUUGGAUCUACUUUGUAAAAUUCCAGGAGAAAAUUAUUAGUGUGUUGUGUUCCUAAAAAGGUUGUAAAUAUUAAUUAAAGUUCAUAUCAUGGCAGAUCAAAAUAAUUCUAUUUAUUUAAAGUCAAAAGAACAAACGGUAUUGAGGACAGACCAGGUAAAAGAAUUUAUUUUGUAGUGCAGUUUGUUAGCCGUCCAUGCGUUCAGCUGCUUUAUUAUUAUUUUUUUUUUGAUUUAAUUUAUUUAAGUUGUGUGCAAAUUCCUUAUUCAUCAAUUUUAUUAGUGUGAACUAUUCUAAAGAUAACAACUGAGAGUCAGUCUGGAUGAUAGUGUAUUGUUAUGAUGUCAAUCUUGAUUACACAAGUCUCAAUAUAUCAAAGCGGGGGGGGCAUUUUAAGUAGUGAAAUAUUUAUGAGUUUGGUUGUUAAGAAAAUGUGUGAAGAAGCAAGUUGUGGCUUGUAUUAGAUUAUAUAUAUUUAUAGGCUACGAUACAUGAAAUGUGAAUCUAUUGAACUGUUUUAUGAUAUUGACUAUGUUUGAACUGUGCUGUGUGGAUGAAUGUAACUUAUAAACAAAUUGAAAUUGUAACCAAUACUAACAUAUUAAAUGUAGACUUGGUUAAUCGAAAGGCGAUCUCUGUUGUUGGUGGUGAACUCGAGUCUUUAUUUAUAUUUUCUGUUUUAUUUCGAUUUCAUUUUCGUUAAAUUACACAAAUUGUACAACUGUCUGAUUUUACUCUGAAAACUGUUCAACUACUAGUUUUAUUAAUGUGUAUUUUAUCGCAAUUAUGGAUUUAAUUUUUACAAAGAAAUGGAUUUUUAUUACGUGAAUGAAAUUUUAAAAUUUUGACGACGUACUUGCAGUACGAUAUGAUUAAUAUCUGGGGUAAAACUGAUAAAAAUUGAUGUGAAAUAUAUAUUUUCAAGUUUUACGAGUUUGUACAAUAAUUGUAUAGUCGUUGAGCUAAUUUUGAUAUUGUAAAUUACCUGCGUGUGUUUUUAUUUUCACCUUGAUAAUAAUCUGUUAUUAUAUUUAGCCUGUGAUGUCUAUUUAAUAAGUCAGGGACCAUUUCAAGUUUUAUUGUCAGUGUACAAACAGAUUUUAAUUUGAGCAACUUUUAAGGUGAAGUGUAUAUUAUUGUGUAAAAUCGAAUACGUACGUAUAUUAUUUCAUUUAUAAAUCGCUAAAACUAAAA